AUGUCACAUUUGUCCGGCAAUGAAGAAACGACAUGUUCCAAUACUGAUUGUACAUUGCCGAUGGUUGAUACGUAUGCCAAUGCAAUUCUUCGUACAUUAUCCUCACUUAAACCGCCAUCACCACCAAUCUCCUUAUAUACUUCUCGACAGCAUCGUCGUUCUUAUCCUCAUGCUAAAACGGUGUCACAAUCAGUUGUCGUAAAUGAGGUAAGUGGUAUGUGA